UACUACAACAUUGUAGAGGUAUGGAGCUACCAAGUCCACGUAUCCACAAAAUGGGCCUAAUCAAGAUAGCCAUUGUUUUGCUUUUCAUUGAGGCUUCGUUUGCUUUGCCACUUCAUUACAAUGCUAUUGACAAGUGCUGGAGAAAAAACCCUAAUUGGGCACAAGAUAGAAAGAAGCUUGCAACAUGUGCAAAAGGCUUUGGAGCUCGUGCCAAAGGAGGCAAAUUAGGAGACAUUUACACUGUGACCAGAGAUGAUGAUAAUCCUGUAAACCCAGCCCCAGGUAGCCUCAGAUAUGCUGUAUCUCGACAUCGACCAUUGUGGAUAACAUUUGCAAGAGACAUGUACAUAACUCUUCACAUGCCAUUGUUCCUUACAAGCCACAAAACUUUAGAUGGAAGGGGUGCUAAUGUUCACAUUGCAGGUAUGUCUUGCUUAAGAGUAUGGAAUGUGACCCAUGUUAUUAUUCAUGGUCUCAUUAUCCAUGAUUGUAAGGAAAGCACACCAGGCAAUGUUUUGAUCUCGACAACGAAAGGGGUCGAAAAGAUUUAUCCUCAGGAUGGAGAUGCUAUAUCUAUUCAAAGUGCUAAGCAGGUUUGGAUUGAUCAUAACACUCUCUCCCAUUGUGAUGAUGGUCUGAUAGACGUUACGCUUGGUUCCAAUAAAAUCACAAUCUCUAACAACUGGUUUUUUAACCACAACGAGGCAAUGCUACUUGGCAACAGCGACGAGGAUCAAGCCGACAAAAACAUGAUGAUAACUGUGGCAUUCAACCGCUUUGGACCCGGCCUCAUGCAACGUAUGCCAAGAAUUAGGAAGGGGUAUGCCCAUGUAGCGAAUAACUUCUAUAACCCAUGGGGAAUAUAUGCAAUUGGAGGAAGCUCUGAUCCCACAAUAUUGAGUGAAGGUAAUGUGUUUGUGGGUCCAAAUGACUAUACUAAGAAGCAAGUCACAGAGCAUAAAGGUUGUGAUGGUUCAUUAUGUGUGUGGAGAUCACUGAAUGAUGAAUUUUUGCAAGGGGCCUAUUUUGAACAAUCAGGUCUCGACAAGCCACUUCCAAUGCCAAUGUACAAACUUCAUGAGUCUUUUCGAGUUUUAAAGACCAGAAUUGUACCUCUAGUGACUAAAGAGGCCGGAGCUCUCACUUGCAUCCCACAUGUUCAAUGCUAAUAUUUUUUCUUUUUUCACCAAUUUGAUAUCAAUUUGUAAUAAAAAUCAUUUAAUUUUUAAGCUUUUUAAUUAUAUUUGAAUUUGU